AUGGAUCAACUCCCAUUCGCCCUAACACCGGAGAUGACCUCCAGACCCAACACUCUGGAAGCCUACAAUUUGCAGGAGGAUACUGGGAGGAUAUCAAGGGAUCCUGGGAUAAUGGAAACACCGCUGAUGGAACGGAGUGGCAAAGAACCACCUUCGAAGGAAUCGACAACUCUUUCCUCCCUACCCGAGGAGUUGAUCGAGAAGGUGGACAAACCACAAUUGAGAAAGCAGAUGCAGGAGGACAUCAAAGAGAUGAAUCUCCAGAGUCAUUUGGAAAGGCCGGACCAAUGCUCCAUGCCUCAGAGCUUGACGGGAGAAUCUACUCCUCCACCGGAACUCCAAGAGAGGCAUGGGGAGUCCACACUGAGUCAGGAGAUCAUUUACCAGACUCAUACCUCAAGGAAGACAUCUCCAGUUGGAGCCCAGACACCGGCUCCUCCUAUGAGACAGAAGUCAUCCGGCUCGAAUCCGAAGUUGCCUCAAAGAGGUCCGCUUGCCUCUGUAGCCGGGUAUAUCAAUGGUAUCACCAAAUCACUCUACAACUCGCAUGAAGAAUCCAUCAAUUGGCCAGGGAAGAAAGAGGAGUGGCUGAGGAAAAAGGGAUACUGGAUUGGGGAUCGCUCUUUCCAGUGGAUUCCUGGAUCACCCCUGAAGAGGGAUCCUGGGACCUACCCCCCAUGCACUCCGACUCAACCGCCGACGACACCUGGCACUCAGUUGCUGGAGACGGAUGGGAAUCCCCCUGGCCAGACACCUCGUAUGAGGCCAUAUGGCCCAAUCCCAUGGCUCGAACGGCCAUCAAUGAAGACUUAUGGGACUCACUUCCCACCCCUGUAUUCCUGGGAAGGGAAUACCGAACCAUCCCGAAAGAAGAAGAAGAAAGUGAAGACAGCAAUACCUCCACCGACACCUCCUCUGACACAGACGAAACCAUCCAUGUCUUUGGUGCUGAAUUUCAGCACUGAAGACAUCUUCAAUACCAAGAAACCGGGGGGAGACGGGACCCAACCACACCUACCAUCUGAGGUGUUUUGGACCACAUCUCUGGACCCUGAACUAGGAAAGAGGGACCCCUCUCUUUCCCAAUACAGAGGCACAUCACGCCCUGAAGAAAUAAAUGAAGAAAUGGAUAUGGACCGCCUCAAGAGAGAACGAAGGUGCUUCUGA